AUGAAGCCGAAUGAAAAGGUGCUCGUGACAGCGGCAGCGGGCGGCACUGGUCAUUUCGCUGUUCAGCUUGCAAAGAUGCAAGGGUGCCAUGUGGUCGCCACUUGUGGCGGUGCCGACAAGGCCAAAGCACUUGAACGGCUGGGGUUGGACAGAGUCAUUGACUACAAACGCGAGAGUGUGGGCGGGGUUUUACGGGAAGAGUACCCGAAUGGGAUAGAUCUGGUGUACGAGGGCGUGGGAGGCGCCAUGUUGCGGACGUGCCUCGAUGGAUUGGCUCCCAGAGGCCGGUUGAUUCUCGUGGGCUACAUCGCCGAAUAUCCUCACUCCAAAGACUGCGCCCUGUCGGGCCGCCCGAUUGGAGAUGGGCUGCCAUGUGCGGCGGACCUCUUCUGGGGUGGUACGACGAUUGAAAGGGACAGACAGACGAUAUACGGUGGCGUCAUGCCCAAGGACCCUCAAGACAUACAGCGGUGUCGUGCAAAGGUGUUUCGUUUGUAUGAGGAGGGGCGCUUGUCUGCCUGGAUCGACCGGUCGAAUCGAUAUGUUGGCCUCGAGAGCAUUCCAGACGCCAUCGACGGCAUGCUGAAGGGUGGGCACAUCGGAAAAGUCGUGGUCGAGAUUUGA